CUAGAUAUCCAGCCCCCCAAAGGAUAUCAUCUCAGAGAGGUAUAAAUAAGCGCUCGCUGCUCUCCUGGGCUACAUUUUGCAGGCUGAAGAGGAGAUUGCAAGAUGAAAACUCUGCUGUUGAUCCUGGGGGUGGUGGCAUUCGUGUACCUGGAGCCAGGAUACACCACGAACUGUUACACAUGCCCCACUUUCAUUUGUAGAGAGUUUCAGAAAUGUCCACCUGAUGAAGGAACAUGCUUUAAAAGGUGGAAUUCUACUGACAAGUGGAUAGGAAGGAGGUACGUCAGGGGAUGUGCCGCAGCUUGCCCUAAUCCGGUUGGCAAAGAGAACGUUUUCUGUUGUGAAACAGACAACUGCAACUAAGAGUUCCAAAAGUGGCUAAUUUCUUUGAGUUUGGAUCUCAUCCAUCAUGGACCUUCCUUGAAGAUUUACGCUUCUGCCUUGACAACAGGAUGGCCCAUAAUCCCCCCUCCCCUGCUUUCUUUGACCCCUCGCCCUCUUUCCCUUUUCUCUUGUUCCGCAAGCUUCUUUCUGCGGGUUCUGUAGUUUGAGAAUCCAAUAAACCUCAGCAUUCAAUUCAA